ACCUGAACUUGUCGGAUGGAGUUCGCAGUCCCGACACUAAGCAGCUGAACAGCCGUAUUCGCCUAGCGUACGGAAAGAUCCCCGACGGCCGUGUCCGGCUUUUGCGGUCAAUGGCCCUUGUCCCAAGCUCAAUAAUUGUCCCGGGGGUUCAUGGGCGACAUCUAUCAACACACCCUUCCAGGAAUAGUGCUCUGUAUAUGGUCGAUAGUUCAAAAACAACGGUGAGCGUCCAGAUCUGGACUCCACUAUACAGUCUUCUAGCCGUUUCUCUACGAAUCUUGCAGCACCAUCUUCCUUUUUCCUACUUCCUUUCCGAGCUGCAGGACAGGUUUGUGCCGGGAACGCCGAGGCUCGCAAAUCAUCAGUAUAGACCAUUUAUUCCUUGCACCGAUCAGCUGCUGGUGGCCUAUCUAGUUGCAUUGCGUGGACGGGCUGCAGAGUUUGUAACGAUGAUAGCGACCACGGAUAGCGAUCCCAGCAAUCUGAAAUGCACGGCUUACGGCGUACAUGGAGUUAUAUUCUUGCCAAUCAACUGGUCGAUUAUACUCGAUCUGCACUUUAUUCCCUGUUCUUUCCUGGCUUGUCGCUGCUCACUCGUUGGAACCUGGCUCACGGAGUCGAACAUCUCACCCGAUGGUUCCUGCUGGGCUUCCAGAUCAUCGCGCAUUUAAAAAUUAAAUCCUUCGGCAGCAGAUCGCCCUAGUUCCCCGGGAAGUGGGUAAUAAUUGGGCGCCUCGGUAAACACAGUUCACGCCUUUGACUAGGCACUUAG